AUGGACGCGCCCCUCGUCGAGAUCGAGGCCCCCCAGGGCCCCUCACAGGCCGUCAAGGACCUCCUCUCCGGCGCGGCCGGCGGCGUCGCGCAGGUGCUCAUCGGCCAGCCCUUCGACAUCGUCAAGGUCCGGCUGCAGACGACCACGCAGUACGCCGGCGCCCUCGACGCCGCGCGCUCCAUCUACCGCCGCGAGGGCGCGCUCGCCUUCUACAAGGGCACGCUGACCCCGCUCGUCGGCAUCGGCGCCUGCGUCUCCGUCCAGUUCGCCGCCUUCCACGCCGCCCGGCGCUGGUUCGAGCGCCGCAACGGCACCCAGCCCGGCCAGCGCCUCGCCUACUCGCAGUACUGGGCGGCCGGCGCCUUUGCCGGCGUCGCCAACACGGUGCUGUCCAGCCCGAUCGAGCACAUCCGCAUCCGGCUGCAGAGCCAGCCGCACGGCGCCGGCCGGCUGUACGCGGGCCCCGUCGACUGCGUGCGGCAGCUGGUGCGCGCCGGCGGCGUGCUCGGCGGCGUGUACCGCGGCACGGCGGUGACGCUGCUGCGCGAGGCGUCGGCGUACGGCGCGUGGUUCGCGGCGUUUGAGUGGAUGAUGAGCGCGGACGCGCGCCGCGCGGGCGUGGACCGCCGCGACGUGCCGGCCUGGAAGGUGGCGCUGUACGGCGGGCUCGCGGGCGAGUGCCUCUGGCUCGCGUCGUACCCGUUCGACGUGGUCAAGAGCAGGAUGCAGACGGACGGGUUCGGCGAGGCGCAAAAGUUCCGCUCGAUGCGCCACUGCUUCGCGGCCACGUGGGCGGCGGACGGCGCGGCGGGGUUCUGGAGGGGCAUCGGCCCGACGCUGCUGCGUGCCAUGCCGGUCAGCGCGGGCACGUUCGCGGUUGUUGAGUUCACCAUGCGCGCUCUCGGCUAG